UGAAGCCUCGGUCUCUCGGCAUCUGUGGAAUAAUUUGUGAGCCCCGGUCUAGCUCGCAAGUACAUCCUAUUGAUUCGUGUGCAUCAAUCGUCUUAAGCGGAUAUUAAUUAAGAUAGAAUAACGUAAAAGUGCUGAACAGGACGAGAGAGGAUAACUAGGAGAGACUCGACAACAAAGAGCAUUUUGACAAUCAUUUUUCAGAAGAAAAAAUAGAGGAUUGAGGAUGACUCCCGAGGGAUACACAAGAGUGUAUGUAGGUGGUCUCAACGAGACAAUAAAGAAGGAGGAUCUACAAAUGGAAUUUGAAAAAUUUGGAAAGCUCAACAAAGUCUGGGUGGCAUUCAAUCCUCCUGGGUUUGCGUUCAUCGAAUUUUUAUCCCUUGAUGAGGCUGAAUUAGCCUGCAACAAUAUGAAUGGUACAGAGAUAAUGGGUGCCAAAUUGAGGGUGGAGAUAUCGAGGGGACGUGGCAGAGGUGGUAGCAGAAGUGGUGGAGGUGGUUUUAGGGGUGGUAGUAGGGGUGGUAGCCGGGGUUUUGGACGUGGAGGUGGUGGUUAUCGUGGUAGCGGUGGAUAUGGUGAUCAAGGGGGCGGUUAUCAAAGUGGUGGACGAGGUGGUAGAGGGAGAGGACGCUACGGUGAUAGCUAUUCAUCGGGGCGAAGCUCAAGUGGUUACGUAUCGCGUGAUUCGUAUGGACAGGAUGGUUAUGGGGCAUCAUCUGGUAAUUCUGGAUCUAACUACUACUCUGGAAAGGAUUCGGGGACAUCGAGAUACCGAAGUCGUUCACCGGCCGGACGUGGCAGUCAUCGUCAUCUUCGUGAAUGCACAUAAAGAAACUUCGCUACGUUGCCAAUCAGAACUGCGGGACAAUUCAGCUAUUUCCGCCUCAUCGAACUGCGUACUCUGUCCAAUCUACUCAUCGACGUGUACAUAACAAGAAAUUUUGCUGUAAAACAAGAAAACAAUAAUUGAAAAAAAUAACUAAUCACUAUCGAAACAACAAUUGUGCUCUGAAUUUAUACUUCGAUUACAAUUUUUUUUUAUUUUAAAAACGUUUCUCAAAUUCAUUGGCUCAAAUUUUUCAUCAAUUAUGAGAUUUUAGAUUAUUUUUUCCGGAUGAAUUUAGUUGAAUCUCUUUCAACAACUAUCAGGAAUAAGUUGAGUAUUGUGUUUGAUCUAUCGCGGAGCUAAGACUGAUGACGAGCAAGGCGGUCGCGAUUCAUUAUGUUUGCACAUAAUAUCAAAAAUAAUGUGAUCAUAAUACAAAUUAACAGAACAAGUCAAUUUCUAUAGUUGAUUAAAUAUAAAACUACUCGAUGAUGAACAAUUUUAAGAACAAAUGAAGAAACAAGUUCUUUAUUAUUAGGAAAUGUUUUUCCUCCUUCGAUAUAUCUUCCUGAAAUUAUCAAUUUGCAAAAUAGUUACAUAAUUAACAGGCAUUUUUAGUCAAUCCUUAAAUUUCUAUUUUUCGAUCAAAAAUAUGAUUCUUAGCUAGAAAUAUACCUUUAGAUUAUCUAACUGUGGUUGAAAUGAAUAAAAUAAACAUCUCUCCAAUCCCAGACCAAUAAAAUAUCGACUAUUUCACUGGCUCAAUCCAUCUUGGAGGGUUUAAUGGAAGAAUACCAACACCAUUCUAAUUGAAUUAGCACCAAGAGACGAGAAGCAAGACAACAAUUUUCGUCAGUACCAUCGGAUUUUUAAUGUGACCCCGGCAUCGACAAAUUGUCGAUAGACUGCUGUCAGGAAAUAAAAAAAUCCUCAAGCAAAAUAUUUUGAUUAGUUUUUACUUUUGAUAAUUCUGCUUGAUAAACAGGUCAACAGAUCAAGUAUCUGGAAAGAACUUAUCAAGGUGGAUGAGUUCAGCUGAGAUGAAUGGGAUUGAGAACAAUGUGUCGAAUAUCCUACUUGUCAAAACUCUACAACUAUAAUUGGAAAUAUCUUUUCAUUAGUCUACCACCUUCAGAGAUAUUUGUGUAUUUCAUCCAAUGCGAUAACUUGAAUAUUUCAGCCGCAGCCUGAUAGAUCAAGGUAGGCCUACAUUUCGAGUUAAGGAGCAUAUUUUCUAACUCAUUCAUAAAAUGGGGAUAUUUUUAAAAAUUUACAUUUUUAUCAACAUACAGCGCUCCAUUUGAGCCACGUAAAUUCGACCAUUCUCUGAGAAACCUGUCAUUUCCGAUGAAUUAUGUCCUGUCAUCUUCAAAUUAAUCAUCACUACAUACUUAUAUUACAUAUUUACCUCCGUAGGAUACACUCAUUCAGUAAGAUUCCGAUAAUAACCGAAAGCGAGAAAGAAAAUAUAAAAAUUGACUUGAUCUGUUAUGAAUAGCCCUCCACUGCUAAAAUAAAUCAUCUUCCUAUCGAUAAUAACCAAUUUUAUUUUACAUUUUAUAUGACAAAUACAAAAAAUCUUUUAGUCUUCUUGUUUUACUCAGAUAGGAAGGCAAAACAGAGCUUUGAAAUUCAAGGAAUUACAAUGAAAUAUAAGGAUACAGUACGCUAAAGUAGAAAACAUACCUAAAAAUGAUUGUUAUGCAACAGAAAAUAUGGCUUUCACUUCGAAGCAAAAUGAAAAUGAGUUCUGGACAAAAAAUGAAUUGUGGAUAUAAAAUAUUUCUUGGCUGUAAACAAUCAGCAAUGUUUAAACAUUCAAUGUAAAAUGAUAACUUGGUAUCUGGAAUAUGAUUAAAUAAUUUACGCUCAUUA